AUGACAAUGGAUUGCUUGCUGUGGGUGUGCAGCCUCAUUGUUCCUGUGGUGCUGGCUGUAGAAGAAACCCUUAUGGACAGUCGGUGGGCAACCACAGAGCUGGCCUGGACCACAUUCCCAGAGAGCGGGUGGGAGGAGGUUAGUGGCUAUGACGACUCCAUGAGCCCAAUCAGAACCUACCAGGUGUGUAAUGUCCGACAGCCCAAUCAGAACAACUGGCUGAGGACGGACUUUAUCCCCCGCAAGGGCGUACUGCGUGUUUACGUGGAGCUUAAGUUCUCCGUCCGUGACUGUGCCAGCAUUCCCAACAUCCCCGGCUCCUGUAAAGAGACCUUUAAUCUGUUUUACUAUGAGUCAGAAGGGGACACAGCUACAGACACCAGCCCUCUGUGGAGGGAGAACCCUUAUGUGAAGGUCGACACUAUAGCCCCAGAUGAGAGUUUCUCUCUCCUGGAGGCGGGAAGGAUCAACACCAAAGUGCGCAGCUUUGGCCCGCUCUCGAAGGCCGGCUUUUACCUGGCGUUCCAGGACCUCGGCGCCUGCAUGUCUCUCAUCUCAGUCAGGGUUUUCUUCAGAAAGUGCUCCACCACCAUUGCCAAUUUCGCCGUCUUCCCCGAGACUGCUACAGGUGCAGAAGCUACUUCCUUAGUGAUUGCUCCUGGGGCCUGUGUGACCAAUGCUAUGGAGGUGUCAGUCCCUCUGAAGCUGUACUGUAACGGGGACGGCGAGUGGAUGGUUCCUGUGGGCUCGUGCACCUGCAUCGCUGGCUUCGAACCUUCUGGAGACGGGACUCAGUGCCAGGCUUGCAUCCCUGGGACUUUCAAAUCCAAAUUCGGGGAGGGAUCCUGCGCUGCCUGUCCUUCCAACAGUCGCACCAGCGUCCGAGGAGCCAAUAUUUGUCCUUGCCAAAAUGGUUUCUACCGUGCUGACAGUGACCCCCCUGACUCUGCCUGCACCACUAUCCCCUCAGCACCUCGCAACGUUAUAUCCAGCGUGAAUGAGACUUCGCUGUCCUUGGAAUGGGAGGAGCCCGAGGACACAGGCGGGAGGAAUGACCUGGUGUAUAACGUGGUGUGUAAAAAAUGCCUUCGAGACCGGAGUCCCUGCACGCGCUGCGACGACAACGUGGACAUCGCCCCCCGGAGGCUGGGGCUGAGGCAGAGGAAGGUGGUGGUGAGGAAUCUGCAGGCUCACACCCGCUACAGCUUCGAGGUGCAGGCUGUCAACGGGGUCUCUGGGAAGAACCCCAUCUCGCCCAGCUAUUCCACAGUCAACAUCACCACCAACCAAGCCGCACCUUCAGCAGUACCUACCGUUCAUCUGAUGCGCUCCACCUCAGACACUCUCAGCCUGUCGUGGCUGCCCCCCGAGAAACCCAAUGGGGUCAUCCUCGAUUACGAGAUUAAAUACCAUGAGAGGGGCCAGGCGAUGUCGCACACUGUAACAUCCCAGCACAGCUCGGCUAAGGUGGAGGGGCUGAGGGCUGCCACACCCUACGUGGUGCAGGUUAGAGCUCGUACCGUUGCCGGAUACGGACGCUACAGCAACCCCUUGGACUUCAGCACCAACCUACACAGUGACCCUCAGAAGUCGGUACAGGACCAGCUGCCUCUCAUCAUCGGCUCAGCCUCCGCGGGUCUGGUGGUCAUUGUUGCCUUGGUGGUAAUCGCUGUUGUCUGCCUUAAGAAGCAGCGCAGCGGCUCAGAGCUGGAGUACACUGAAAAACUGCAGCAAUACAUUUCUCCAGGGGUCAAAGUGUACAUCGAUCCGUUCACCUACGAGGACCCGAAUGACGCCAUCCACGAGUUUGCCAAAGAAAUAGACAUCUCCUGCGUGAAGAUAGAAGAAGUCAUUGGUGCAGGUGAAUUCGGUGAGGUGUGUCGCGGACGGCUCAAGCAACCCGGCCGCAGGGAGAUGGUGGUGGCGAUUAAGACGCUGAAAGCCGGCUACACCGAGCGCCAGAGACGGGACUUUCUCGCUGAGGCCUCCAUCAUGGGCCAGUUCGACCACCCUAACGUGAUUCGGCUGGAAGGUGUCCUGACGCGAAGCUGCCCUGUCCUCAUCAUCACUGAAUUCAUGGAGAACGGAGCGCUCGAUUCCUUCCUCAGGCUGAACGACGGGCGUUUCACGAUGACACAGCUGGUCGGGAUGUUGCGUGGCAUCGCUGCAGGGAUGAAGUACCUGUCAGACAUGAACUAUGUUCACAGAGACCUGGCUGCCCGGAAUAUCCUGGUUAACAGUAACUUGGUCUGCAAGGUGUCUGAUUUUGGUCUGUCACGCUUUCUGGACGACACUUCCGCUGAUCCCACAUACACAAGCUCCCUGGGAGGGAAGAUUCCUAUUCGGUGGACGGCACCAGAGGCCAUUGCCUUCAGGAAGUUCACCUCAGCCAGUGAUGUAUGGAGUUAUGGCAUCGUCAUGUGGGAGGUGGUGUCGUAUGGAGAGAGGCCGUACUGGGACAUGAGCAACCAGGAUGUGAUGACGGCAGUAGAGCAGGACUACCGGCUGCCCCCACCUAUGGACUGUCCCAUGGUGCUGCACCAGCUGAUGCUGGAGUGCUGGAUGAAGGAGAGAAACCUGAGGCCCAAGUUCUCCCGCAUCGUCAGCACCCUGGACAAGCUGCUCCGCAACGCCGCCAGCCUCAAGGUGGUGACCAGCACCUACUCAGGGGACCUGCUGCGGCUCGGAGGUACGCUGCCGGGACACAACAGGAAGAGUCCGGACACAAGUCAGGAAGUCGUUCGGCAACAGAUGAGCCAAACUCUCCCCAUCAGAGUGUGA